AUGCUCUCAUUCUUCCUUCCCUUCCUCACCACCUCAGCAUGGUCGUGGUGUAUCUUCCACUGUAAUCCAUCUACUCCCACAAUGGUGGAUGCAAUGGUAAAUAUCAACUGGACAAUCGCACCAUCCUACGCAAAGAAUUUCCUCGAAAACCUCAUCCCGGACGAUCUCAUAGGCAGUAUGGCCGCAGUCAACUUCACUCAAAUCGAUAAUGUUCAUAUUCAAAAUCGUUUCAGAGAUCGACUCACCGAAGUUGAAAAUGUACUUGUUACAAUCAGAUGGGAAGAUCUACCUGCGAAUACUAUCAAAUGGGUAGAAGAGCAUCCCAAAGAAGCUGCAUUUAUAGCUAUGGAUAUAGGUCUGUUUAUAGCUCCAUGGUUACUUACUGAACCGGUUUUGGUUGGACUUGGAUUUAGUAGACUUGGUCCUGUUGCUGGCUCAGCAGCAUCCAUCGCCCAAACGAGCAAUUGGGGAGGUGCAGCCCUUGUGGGAGUAGGUUGGAAAUGGCUUUGGGGAAAGAAGAAUGAUGGUAGGGAGGCAAGUUCAAUUUCUACGUCAGUUGCGAGCGUAGUGGGUAAAGCUGUUUAUGAGAAUACCAUGGGAGGAGGAAGGGGUUAUAGGGAGUUGAAGAGGUUUAUCUGA